AUGGAGGAUCCCACCCCAGGUCUCAAGCUCAAGGGCUUCCACCGCGCUGCUACCCGAUCCGACGACCCCUUCCAAUCCCAGGAUACGGCCCCCGGCAUCUGUCGAAUAUGUCGUGGCGAGGGUACACCAGAAGAGCCGCUGUUCUAUCCAUGCAAGUGCAGCGGUAGCAUCAAAUUUGUCCACCAGGACUGUUUGAUGGAGUGGCUGUCGCACUCGCAGAAGAAGUACUGCGAGCUCUGCAAGACGUCGUUCCGCUUCACCAAGCUCUACGCCCCAGACAUGCCCCAGUCUCUGCCCGUACACGUAUUCGUCGGUCACAUGGCCAAAUAUCUCCUGCGCAAUGUCCUGGUCUGGCUCCGCGCCGUCAUGGCCAUCAGCGUCUGGGUUUUUUGGCUGCCCUAUUUGAUGAGAUCAGUAUGGUCUUUCAUGUUCUGGGUCAGCGACGAAGGGCUCGGUGCCAGCUCAAUGCUCUCUGGGUCAAACGAAACGGUCGCGGCUACAGUAGAGCUGGCACAGUCAGCCUUCGGAAAUGAUACAUGCCCGGCCAGUCCCCUCUUUGUGCCCGUCACCACAUCCGCUGCCGUCGCCCAAGCCAUGCUUGAUGGGCUGUCAGGCCAGAACAUCUCCGAGUUCCUCCUCCGUGUCCUUCUCAACUCAUUAUACAUGUCCUCCAAGUACAAUCGAUCGGAAUCAGGUGAUUCUGCGACUUCAGCCGACGGCUCUCCCAUAGGAACGACGCCCCCGUCUCUUCUCGGCGACGUCACCUUUCUCCACAACUUGACCCGAAACCCCACCCUAAAUCGAACUCUCGUCUAUGUGCUCGAGGGGCAGAUUAUCACGGUGUUGGUCAUCGUCUGCUUUAUCCUCGUCAUCUUGGUUCGAGACUACGUCGUUCAGCAACAGCCCGAAAUUAACAUGCGCGCUGCCUUCGCUGCCCCUGAAAAUCCUCUUGCUGCACAGGAACCGAUUCUUGUCCGACAAGAAGACGCAGAAGAUCUUCGAGGACUAGAUGAGUCGGAUGAGGAGACUCUAGAUGAUGGAGAGCUCAUAGGGCCCGUUGAAGUCAAUGAUCCACGACUCGGUCCAUCCUAUGCUCGACAACCGCAAGCAGGGUUUGAGGAUACUGGCGCUGCUAGCGUCGUGGCACCUGAACCUUGGCCUCAGGUGAAUUCCAGCGCCUUGGAAGAACGAACCAGCGUACAUGAGUACCUGCGCAUUUAUCGCCUCGCGGAUGGAGACCCUCAGAGGAUUUUGCAGAUAGUUGAGGAUGAGGGUCUUGAAGAAAAACUCGCUUAUUGGGUCGACAUUACUCGCCGAUCUAUCCCCGGCCAAGAAGCCAGCAUCCCAGAGCUGGCGGCACUUCAUAGGCGCCCAGAGCUGCCUCUAGUCGGUGAUCGCCCUGAGAGCUCUGGUUCAACAGGCGAGAGCUCUUCCAGGAUUGCGCUCACCCCAGGGUCAAACGAAGGAUCUGCGAUUGAUAUGGAAGAACACCCGGCAGCUUCUCGAAAGGGGAAGGAAAGGGAGUCACUCCCAAUCCCAGACAUAGACGCCGACCCUUGGACAGGAUUGGUCCCGGGUCCUUCACGGCCCCGUGCUGUAUCUGAUGGUCCUAAGCUGCAUGACACCAUUAACCCGCUGGCCAACAACAGUUGGUCCUUUGCGGCCUUGCCAUCCGAGUCUGAGGCUGAGGAUCUAUAUGCACGGCAGUAUCGCACCAAUGACCGACCUAGUUUCUUCGAGAGCAGGUCCCCUUCUUCUGACCGAAUUCCUGAGACUGGAUCCUCUAGUAGCCUCUCGGCCGAGUUCGAGGAUCCUGAGCAUAGGCGUCACUCGUCUAAACCGGACAUCACCUUCGAAGAACGGCCAUCAAACGUCCAUAACGCUCAUCAAGAACAGGCUGCAAACCACAGAAACCCGGAAGAGGCCGUCGAGCAAGAUAAUGAAAGGGCUCACGGCUUGGUUGAUCGAGUCACCGAAUUCAUGUGGGGUGAUCUCGAGGAUCAUCAUCAUAUUCAGGCCGAAGCGAUUAACCAUGUUGCUGCUGCCGAUGCUAAUGAUGAUGCAUGGGUUGAUGUCGAUGAAGCGGACGCUGCAGAUGAUAAUGCCGAUGUACAGCCUGAAGACCUUGAUGGUAUACCUGGCGAUGGGCUCGACCCAGAAGCCAUCGAAGACCUCGAGGACUUUGAGGGCGUCAUGGAGCUCAUCGGUAUGCGCGGUCCUAUCGCAGGCCUAUUCCAGAACGCUAUAUUCUGCGCAGUCCUCGUCUCUGUAACGAUCUUUGCCUGCAUCUUCAUCCCAUACAACAUUGGACGUGUCAGUGUCUGGAUCCUAGCAAACCCAAUGCGACUUGUUCGGCUACUCUUUGAGCUUUCGAAGCUUCUUCAAGAUGCCGCUGUCAUGUUUGCCGGGCUCGCUUCUUGGGUGGCUUUGAACCUACUCGACAUGUUUACCAACAUCAUCGGAGGUUUCGUUGCGUCACAGGUCGUGUCAGCAAGAAAGGCGUCAUGGGCGCUGUGGACCAGUGCCGGAUCGCGAGUCCUGGAGUAUGCCUUUAUGGACUUCCCUAUGUCCGCCUCCGAGAUGCAGAACUUUUCGGCCAUCAGCCACGGGGCGUUGCUCACAGUCAAGGGCCACAUCGGUACGGUACUUUCGACCGUGAGCGAAGCAUUUACCUUUGUCUUUGGCGGACACAUCUUUUACAACCUCCCCUCUCUUCCAGCCAUUGCCUCCUUUUCAGGGGCUGCUUGGAAUCACAUUCGCCUCUCCUCCUCAGUGUUGCUAAACCCCAACGCUUGGGUAAUUAAUCUCGGCGAAGCGGAGACCUCGCCAUCCAUUAACCCUGAGCUGGCGGACUGGUCUGGAGUGGAUCGAUUUUGGGCUAUCCUCGCGGGCUACGUUACGCUCUUCUUUAUUGGUGCCAUGUACCUCAAGCGCGGAAGCCCAUUCUCCAGAGGCAAUCUCAUGCAGGCGUGGGAGGCAGGCGUGAUCGAUACGUUGCACCAAGCCAGCGGCAUCAUGAAGGUCAUCAUGAUCAUCAGCAUCGAAAUGCUCGUCUUUCCCCUUUAUUGCGGCCUUCUCCUCGACGGUGCUCUCUUGCCCUUGUUUGAAGACACGACUUUCAAGUCUCGGAUGCUCUUCACGUACAACUAUCCCUUGACAUCUGUCUUCGUUCACUGGUUUGUUGGCACCGGGUAUAUGUUCCAUUUCGCGCUCUUCGUUUCCAUGUGCCGCAAGAUUAUGCGACAGGGCGUCCUCUACUUCAUCCGCGACCCCGAUGAUCCUGAGUUUCACCCAGUUCGUGAUGUACUCGAGAGAAACCUGACGACACAGCUGAGGAAGAUUCUCUUCUCCGCAUUUGUCUACGGCGCAUUGGUCGUUGUCUGUCUGGGUGGUGUCGUUUGGGGUCUGUCCUACACGUUGCCCAACGUUCUCCCGAUCCACUACUCAUCAAACGAACCCGUCCUGGAAUUCCCUGUCGACCUACUCUUCUACAACUUCCUUAUGCCACUGGCGGUCAACUUCUUCAAGCCCGGCGAUGGACUGCAUGCUAUGUACACGUGGUGGUUCCGAACCUGCGCGCGUGGUCUGCGUCUAACAUUUUUCCUCUUCGGCGAACGGAGAAUCGAUGAGGAGGGUAGCCUUCAGCUGGGCGUGACGUCGGAGUACCACGCACUCCCUUGGUACAGGACACUUUUCCUGGAAUUGGACAAGAAUCAUCAGGUCACCCCGAAGACUUGGAAGGACGCUUUCGAUGGAGGCGAUGCCAAGCCGAAGCCACCGUUGACUCAGGCAGAAAUGUCCCAUCUCCGACGCAAGAAGGCCCGCCUCAGGGACUCAAGCCAGAUCUUGGAGAGUGGUCACUUCGUGCGCGCCCCGGCUUCCGAUCGAGUCAAGAUCCCCAAGGGCAGGAGGGUCUUUCUUGACGUUUCGGAACGUGGCGUCCGACUCGAUAGGCAGUUGGACACCGAUCUGUAUUCUUCCAACCAGUACCAGAUGGUCUACAUCCCCCCGAACUUCCGCGCGAGAGUCUUCUUGUUCAUUUUGUUCAUCUGGAUCUUCGCCGCCGUCACCGGUGUCGGAUUCACAAUUAUCCCACUAGUGUUUGGCCGCAGGAUGUUCAAGAUGCUGAUCCCCUCUCACAUCAGAACCAACGACAUCUACGCCUUCAGCAUCGGAGUGUAUCUCCUUGGAUCUCUUGCCUAUCUGGUCUUCCACAUCAAGAGCCUCUGGGCCAAGGCCCACCGAUGGUUCAACAUUGCCCUAGAACAGGUCGCUAUGGGGGGUGCCCCUCCAGGUGUCACUAGCGUGAUUCUUCAUGGAUGCUCGGUAUUGUACUCCUACUUCCUCCUCCUUGUCGUAUUCCCGCUACUGGUGUCGGCAAUCAUGGAGCUGUAUCUCGCCAUCCCGCUCCACACCUACAUGUAUCCCCCGACUGCGGCGUCAAUUCAAGCGUCGAGAGAUGGAGCUCCGGAAGCGAGCCGACACACCGUGCGGGUCAUUCAGGCAUGGACGUUAGGUGUGUUGUAUUUGAAGUUGAGUGCUCGGAUGGUGACCACGUUGUUCGCCGACACGCGUCUCGCCGUCGCCGUCCGCACUGUCCUCCGCGAGGGCUGGUUAUAUCCCGAUGCUAGUGUCUUGACUAGGGCAUUCGUCGUCCCCGGACUAGCGAUCUCUGUGGCAGCAGUGUUUGGGCCUCCAGCGAUAACCACGGCCCUCAUCAAGUAUGGUAUGAUCGCCGGUGCGCAAGCCGGUCUGAACGAGGCAGCAGAGGCGGCCCGACUAGCAAUCAUUUACCGACAGUCGUAUCCCGCCGUGGCAUUAGCCGCACUGUUGAUCAAGAACACCAUUGGGCUGGUGAGGGUGUUCCAUGGGUGGUCGGCCCGCAUCCGCGAUGAGGCUUAUUUAAUUGGAGAGAGAUUACACAACUUUGGGGCUGCAGCAGCGGGUGCGAGGAGAGUUAGGGGAGCUUGGAGGGCAGGGGGAGCGAGGCUCUAA